CUUCUCUUUAAACCCCUAUCCUUUUACACUGACACAUUCCAAAAACCUCACUUAAACUCCGGCGACCGAUAAAACCCCUCCGACCAAACUCCGGCUAAUAUGCCGUUCACCCUUUUCUCUCUUCCACCUUUCCCUUCACUUGUCCACCAUAACCCACCACCCCUCCAAUUCAAACCCUUCACUUCCCUCCACCAUCUCCGCCUCAAGUACCCCACCACUCUCACCACCGUCUCCGCUAUCGGUGCCGACGGAAAAUACUACCCCGACCCAUCAGAUGAUGACCCACCUGAAGCACCAGAAGAUUCAAUGCAUGGUGUUAACAAAUUCCAGCAAAUUCAACGCCAAGCAGCUAAAGCAAAAAGGCAACAAGAAGAGCUUUUUAUAAAAGAACAGUCCAUUUUUGUAAAUGCUUUAGCUGACGUGGAAGAUGCACCAGAUAAUCCUUUAGUUAGUGAUAAUGACAAUUCUGGGGAUGAUUUAUUUGGUGAAAUUGAUAAAGCUAUUGCCUUGAAAAGAAAAGAGUUCGUUAAACAAGGCCUUUUAAAGCCUAAUCCUCCCAAGAACUCAACUUUAGUUGAAUCUGAAGUGGAAAAUGUUGAUGAAUUAGAGCCUGAAGAAGUUGUUGAUUUAGAGGAAAUUGAUGGGCUUAGUGGUUUGGCUGAAAUUGAUGAAAGUGAUGAAGAAAAAUCAGAUUUUGAGGUAAGUGAUGAUAUGGGUAAGGGUGAGUUUUCUGAUUUAUCUUCAUUUGAUAUUGAUUUUGACGAGUUCGGUAAAACUAAGCCAAGAAUUGUGGAACCUAAGUUUAGGAUGAGUUUAGCUGAGCUUUUAGAUGAGAGUCGGGUAGUGCCAGUGUCUGUGUAUGGAGAUUUAGAGGUUGGGAUUAGUGGUGUACAACACGACUCGCGGUUGGUUGAGAGUGGUGAUUUGUUUGUGUGUUGUGUUGGGAGGAAAACCGAUGGACAUUUGUAUUUAUCCGAGGCUGAUAAGAGAGGGGCUGUUGCUGUUGUAGCCAGUAAAGAGAUUGAUAUUGAGGAAACCUUGGGGUGUAAAGCAUUGGUUAUUGUGGAGGACACGAAUGCGGUGCUUGCAGUGUUAGCCGCUUCAUUUUAUAGGCAUCCGUCUAAGAGUAUGUCAUUGAUUGGGAUUACGGGAACUAAUGGGAAGACUACGACGUCUUACUUAAUAAAGGCAAUGUAUGAAGCAAUGGGGUUGAGGACGGGCAUGUUGAGUACAGUAGGAUAUUAUAUUUAUGGGGAUAACAAGUUGGAGUCUCCUCAUACGACCCCCGAUGCAGUUUUGGUUCAGAAACUGAUGGCGAAGAUGGUUCAUAAUGGGACGGAGGCUCUGGUAAUGGAGACUUCUUCUCAUGGAUUGGCAUUAGGUCGGUGCGAUGAGGUUGAUUUCGACAUUGCAGUUUUUACAAACUUGACACGGGAUCAUUUGGAUUUUCAUGGGACUGAGGAGGAGUAUAGGGAUGCUAAAGCUAAGUUGUUUGCUAGGAUGGUGGACCCAGCACGACACCGCAAGAUUGUGAAUAUUGAUGACCCUAAUGCAGCUUUCUUUUUAGCUCAAGGAAACCCAGAUGUGCCUAUUGUGACUUUUGCAAUGGAGAAUAAGAGUGCUGAUGUUCAUCCCCUAAAGUUUCAAUUAUCUCUUUUUGAGACUCAAGUGUUGGUCAACACACCUCAAGGCAUAUUGGAAAUAUCUUCUGGCUUGCUUGGAAGGCAUAACAUCUAUAACAUUCUUGCAGCAGUCGCUGUUGGAAUUGCGGUUGGGGCACCUUUGGAGGACAUUGUUAAAGGUAUUGAAGAGGUUGAUGCAGUCCCUGGUCGAUGUGAAUUGAUAGAUGAGGAACAAGCUUUCGGAGUAAUUGUAGACUAUGCUCAUACCCCUGAUGCUUUAUCUAGACUACUUGAUUAUGUGAGAGAGCUUGGCCCUAGGAGGGUUAUAACCGUUUUUGGUUGUGCUGGAGAGAGCGACAGAGGGAAGAGGCCCAUAAUGGCAAAGAUUGCUACGGAUAAAAGUGAUGUGACGAUUCUGACAUCUGACAAUCCAAAGACUGAAGAUCCUUUGGACAUCUUGGAUGACAUGUUAGCUGGUGUAGGAUGGACUAUGCAGGACUACUUGAAAUACGGUGAGAAUGAUUAUUACCCUCCUCUCCCCAAUGGCCAUAGACUGUUCCUACAUGAUAUCAGACGUGUGGCUGUGCGCUGUGCUGUUGCCAUGGGUGAGGAAGGUGAUAUAGUUGUGGUUGCUGGCAAAGGCCAUGAAACAUACCAAAUAGAAGGUGACAAGAAGGAAUUUUUUGAUGACCGAGAGGAAUGUAGAGAAGCUUUACAGUAUGUUGAUGAACUUCACCAAGCUGGAAUUGACACAAGUGAAUUCCCAUGGCGGUUACCGGAGAGUCAUUGAUAUGAUGCCAGAAAGUUUGCGUUAAGAUCUUGGCAGUGUGCUGACGGCAGAUAGCCAUUGUGGAGUGCCCAUUUAACUCGAAUCAGCACUAUUAACACUUUGCCGCUGUUACAUGUUGGUGAUCUUCCUGAGAAACAGCAACAUGUUGCCCAAAGCAGAGUCCAGUUUUGUAAGAACCUGAAGCCUGAGUUUGACAAGGAUCUCCAUCUCUAGAAUGAAAUUCAUUGAGGGCUUCUUGGCUCUCCCACCCUUCGCGGAAUUAUGUUUGUAUAGAUGAAAGUACAUAGGGAUAAAAGAGCAAUUAUUGAGUUGAGAAUCUGUUCCGUUGUUUCAGAUAAGGAUUUCCUGUCUAAACUUACUUGAGAAUAGUAAGCUCAGCUGUCCUCUGUCUCUUCUACAGGAUUCAUAUAGCCGAUUCCAACUUGUUUGGGACUUAGGCAUAGUUGUUGUUGUAUACAUAGAUGACCAUCUCUUUUAGGCUUAGCACACCAAUUAUCUGUUAUGUCUACACUUUUUAUGUACUGUCUACUGCACUACUUGGCUACAUGCAUAAUGAUGAAGUUAAACUA